CUUUGGAGAUGUUAAUUCAGCGGAGCUACACGUGGGUCUGGUCCAGAGUAAAAGAAGAGGAGAGAAGCCGUCAGAGUGAGAAGCUUCCAGAGCAGCAGCAUGUCUCUGUACCGCAACUCCGCCUGGUUCCUCAAAGGACUGACCGAGUUCACUAAGAAUGGCCACCUGUCAGCAUCCAAGCGAUUUGUGGAGAAGGACCUGGAGGUGUCCGUGGCUGGACGCUCCUUCAUGAUAACCGGAGCCAACAGUGGCAUCGGAAAAGCUGCUGCCAUGGCUAUUGCUAAAAGAGGAGGGACGAUCCACAUGGUUUGCAGGAACAAGGAUAAAGCUGAGGAGGCCAGGGCAGACAUCGUCAAGGAGACGGGAAAUAAAGAGAUCUAUGUCCACAUCCUGGACUUGUCUGAGACAAAGAAGGUGUGGGAGUUUGCCGAGGGCUUCAAGAGGAAGUUCAAGGCUCUCAAUGUGCUGAUCAAUAAUGCAGGUUCCAUCAUGAGUCAGCGGGAUGUCAACGCUGAAGGACUGGAGAAGAGCUUCGCUGUCAACGUCCUCGGGGUGUACAUUUUGACCAAGAGUCUCAUUCCCCUCCUGGAGAAGAGCACAGAUCCCAGAGUGAUCACAGUGUCAUCGGGUGGAAUGCUGGUUCAGAAGCUCAGGAUAGGAAACCUGCAGUCUGAGAGGGGCCGCUUUGACGGAACCAUGGUCUACGCCCAGCACAAAAGGCAGCAGGUGGUGAUGACAGAGCAGCUGGCAAAGACUCACGCUAACAUCCACUUCUCCGUCAUGCAUCCUGGCUGGGUGAACACUCCAGCAGUGGCCAAUGCUAUGCCAGAUUUCCAUCGCUCCAUGAUGGAUAGCCUCCGGACCCCGGAUCAGGGGGCCGACACAGUAGUGUGGCUCGCCAUCUCCGAGGCUGCUACCACAAACCCGAGCGGACGCUUCUAUCAGGACCGAAAGGUGGUGCCCACUCACUUGCCCCUGGCCUGGACCCACAGCUCCCCCCUGGAGGAGCAGAAGCUCAUGGCGCUCCUGGAGGAUCUGGCCAAGACGUUUCAGCCCCACUGAGCCAGAACCACCCCAGAGAGACCAGCA